GGGUCGCGAAGAGCAUCGAGUUGCAGUGACGCCCGCUGCCUGCUCCCAAGAGCGAUCCCGUGUCCCCGGCGCCCUUCGCGUGGUCUGUUCGCGUCGAGUCCCGCGCGGAGAUGGCAGACGACCUUGGAGACGAGUGGUGGGAGAAGCAGCCGGCAGGAGCAGACAGCAGCCCAGAUGCAUCAGAUGGUGAAGAAGGAGAUACAGAAAUGACACAGCAAGAGACAGCUCCAGUUCCUGCCCCCUCAAAGAAAGCCAAACAGCCUAAAGAAUGUUUCUUGAUAAAACCAAAGGAAAUAAAAGAAGACGCCAAAAAGACCAGAAAGAGGAGAAAGAAGAAAAUUACUGAUGUUCUUGCAAAAUCAGAGCCCAAACCAGGGACACCAGAAGACCUACAGAAGCUAAUGAAGGACUAUUAUAGCAGCCAUCGCUCAGUGAUUGAACUAGAAGAACUCAACCUACCAGAUUCCUGUUUCCUCAAAGCCAAUGAUUUGACUCACAGUCUUUCGUCAUACCUAAAAGAAAUCUGCCCUAAGUGGGUAAAACUUCGGAAAAACCAUAGUGAGAAGAAAUCUGUACUGAUGCUGAUCAUCUGCAGCUCUGCCAUCCGAGCCUUGGAGCUCAUCAGAUCAAUGACAGCAUUCCGAGGAGACAGCAAAGUUAUGAAAUUAUUUGCAAAACACAUAAAGGUUCAAGAGCAGGUAAAAUUACUGGAGAAGCGUGUGGUGCACCUGGGUGUGGGAACACCAGGAAGAAUUAAAGAGCUCAUUAAACAAGGUGGCCUUACUUUGAGCCCCUUAAAGUUUCUGAUUUUUGACUGGAACUGGAGAGAUCAGAAGAUGAGGAGAAUGAUGGAUAUUCCUGAGAUAAGAAAGGAGGUUUUUGAACUUCUAGAAAUGGGAGUACUCAGCCUAUGCAAGUCAGAAUCCUUGAAGCUGGGCCUUUUCUAACCUUGUCCUAAUGAAGAGUUUCACAGUAGAAUUUGCAUCAUACUUAAGGGUGCUUCACAUUGCAAGCACUCAGUGGAUAUCAGCUAUUGUUUUAUUAUGUUAAUUAGAUCAUUGGGAAUGUUUGUGGAAAUUCUUUGACCAAUAUGAAUUUCCCCUUUUGUCAACUCCCUUGUAUAAUAAAGAAUCGAAAGCUUGUGUGUGAUCUUUA